AUGGCCAUGUGGCAGGGAGCCAUGGAUAACAGAGGCUUUCAGCAGGGCUGUUUCAAUAGCUUCCAGAGCAGCUCCAGUGAUGAAGACUUGGUGGAUAUACCAGGGACAGCUAUGAAUUUCUCCCUGAGAGAUGAUGUUCCUCCCUUAGAUGGAGAAAUAGAAGAGGACAAGUCAUACAAUGGUGGAGGAAUAGGUUCUUCAACUAGGAUGAUGGAUUUCUUGGAGGAGCCAAUCCCUGGUGUGGGGACCUAUGAUGAUUUCAAUACAAUUGAUUGGGUGAGAGAGAAGUCUCGAGACCGGGAUAGGCAUCGAGAGAUUACCAAUAAAAGCAAAGAAUCAACAUGGGCCUUAAUUCACAGUGUGAGUGAUGCUUUUUCUGGCUGGUUGUUGAUGCUACUUAUUGGGCUUUUAUCAGGAUCCCUAGCUGGCUUGAUAGACAUCUCUGCUCAUUGGAUGACAGACUUAAAAGAAGGUAUAUGCACAGAAGGAUUGUGGUUUAAUCAUGAACACUGUUGCUGGGACUCCGAUCAGGUCACCUUUGAAGAAAAAGACAAAUGCCCAAAGUGGAAUAGCUGGUCUCAGCUUCUCAUCAGCACAGAAGAGGGAGCCUUUGCUUACAUAGUCAAUUAUUUCAUGUACGUCCUCUGGGCUCUACUGUUUGCCUUCCUUGCCGUAUCUCUUGUCAAGGUGUUUGCACCUUAUGCCUGUGGCUCCGGAAUCCCCGAGAUAAAAACUAUCUUGAGUGGUUUUAUUAUUAGGGGCUACUUGGGUAAGUGGACCCUGAUUAUCAAAACCAUCACGUUGGUGCUGGCAGUGUCUUCUGGCUUGAGCCUGGGCAAAGAGGGCCCUCUAGUGCAUGUGGCUUGCUGUUGUGGGAACAUCCUGUGCCACUGCUUCAACAAAUACAGGAAGAAUGAAGCUAAACGCAGAGAGGUCUUGUCAGCUGCAGCAGCAGCUGGCGUGUCUGUCGCCUUUGGGGCACCUAUUGGAGGAGUAUUAUUCAGCCUUGAAGAGGUCAGCUACUAUUUUCCCCUCAAAACACUGUGGCGUUCAUUCUUUGCUGCCUUGGUGGCAGCAUUUACCCUGCGAUCCAUCAAUCCAUUUGGGAACAGCCGUCUGGUUCUAUUUUACGUGGAGUUUCACACCCCGUGGCAUCUCUUUGAGCUUGUGCCAUUCAUUCUGCUGGGCAUAUUUGGUGGUCUUUGGGGAGCUUUAUUUAUCCGCACAAACAUUGCCUGGUGUCGGAAGCGUAAGACCACCCAAUUGGGCAAGUAUCCUGUCAUCGAGGUACUUGUUGUGACAGCCAUCACUGCCAUCCUGGCUUUCCCCAAUGAAUAUACCCGAAUGAGCACAAGUGAGCUAAUUUCUGAACUAUUUAAUGACUGUGGCCUUCUGGACUCUUCUAAGCUCUGUGAUUAUGAGAACCAUUUCAACUCAAGCAAGGGUGGUGACCUGCCUGACAGACCUGCUGGUGCGGGAGUCUACAGUGCCAUGUGGCAGCUGGCCUUGACACUCAUAUUGAAAAUUGUCAUUACUAUAUUCACCUUUGGCAUGAAGAUCCCUUCUGGUCUCUUUAUCCCUAGCAUGGCCGUUGGUGCUAUCGCAGGUCGCCUUUUAGGAGUAGGAAUGGAACAAAUGGCUUAUUACCACCAUGACUGGGCCAUCUUCAAUAGCUGGUGUAGCCAAGGAGCUGAUUGUAUCACUCCUGGCCUUUAUGCAAUGGUUGGGGCUGCAGCCUGCUUAGGUGGAGUGACUCGGAUGACUGUUUCUCUUGUUGUCAUAAUGUUUGAACUAACUGGUGGCUUGGAGUACAUUGUGCCUCUGAUGGCUGCGGCAAUGACAAGCAAAUGGGUGGCAGAUGCUCUUGGGCGGGAAGGCAUCUAUGAUGCCCACAUUCGUCUCAAUGGAUACCCCUUUCUUGAAGCUAAAGAAGAGUUUGCUCAUAAGACCCUGGCAAUGGAUGUGAUGAAGCCCCGGAGAAAUGAUCCUUUGUUGACUGUCCUUACUCAGGACAGUAUGACUGUGGAAGACGUAGAGACCAUAAUCAGCGAAACCACUUAUAGUGGCUUCCCAGUAGUGGUGUCCCGGGAGUCCCAAAGGCUUGUGGGUUUUGUCCUCCGAAGAGAUCUCAUUAUUUCAAUUGAAAAUGCUCGUAAAAAGCAGGAUGGAGUUGUGAGCACGUCCAUCAUUUAUUUCACUGAGCAUUCUCCUCCAAUGCCACCAUACACUCCACCUACUCUAAAGCUUCGGAAUAUCCUGGAUCUCAGCCCCUUCACUGUGACUGACCUUACCCCCAUGGAGAUCGUUGUGGAUAUCUUCCGCAAGCUGGGACUGCGACAGUGCCUGGUUACACACAAUGGGCGAUUGCUUGGAAUCAUUACUAAGAAGGAUGUGUUAAAGCAUAUAGCACAGAUGGCGAACCAAGAUCCUGAGUCCAUUCUCUUCAACUAG